AUGACACAUAUGAGACAGGAGCUCAUCAGAUUGCUGAAGACAAAAUGUACAUUGAAAAACAAACGCAAAAUUGUACUGUGGAUGCAAGAAAGAGGACUCUUACGACGUCACAUGCUAUGCAGAUGCAGUAAUUUGAUGCAUCUGAGAAGGUUGUCUCGCCACGAUGGAUAUCACUGGAUCUGCAGGAAACAUCGAGACCGUGCAGCCUCUGUCCGUAAAGGCACAAUAUUCUAUAGAUCACGCAGAAGCCUUCAGAACCACCUGGAGUUCAUUUACAGGUUUUCACAAGGAUUGCGGAUGAGACAGGUAGACCUCAUGGAAGAUGGUGUUGCAUCAAGCAGUAAGACGUUGUCAAAAAUGGCUUCAGUCAUGAGACAGGUCUGCUGCCGUGCUAUCAACAAACUUCGCAGCAGAGGAAAAAUGCGUGUGGGUGGUCGUCAUUCCUUUGUAAUGCUUGAUGAAAGCAAGUUUUCACAUAAAAGAAAGUAUAAUCGUGGAAGAAUUGGACCAGCCUGGCGGAGAAGCAAGAAGUGGGUCCUGGGUAUCCUGGAAAUUAGCCAAACUACAAGAAGACCAGUCCUUAAGAUUGUAGGAGGGCGCUCAAAAAAUGACCUGAUGCCCACAAUAAUCCGGCAUGUCAGGAGAGGCACAAGCAUUGUGACCGAUGAAUGGCGAGCCUACAGGAGAUCUCUAGUAGAGGAAGGCUAUGACCAUCACACUGUGUGUCACAAAAGACAUUUUGUACAUCCCACCACAAGAGCUCACACACAACAUCUAGAGCGAGCAUGGCAGACAUUUAAAACAGAUGUUUGGCGGCAUCGAGGGAAUCGUACCACAAAGCUGCUGAAAGAACACCUUAGAGUCAUUGAAUGGGAGUACUGGCUGGCAAGAAAUCACAGAUAUGACAUUCUCGGACGUCUCAUUCAUGAUAUCAGGAAAUUCAAUGUGCAUGAGUUUAAUUAACUAUUUGCUCUACCUUUUCUGUCCAUAAAUGAUCAAAUAUAAAAAUACUAUAGUUUCAGAGACUCUUGUUUGCUGUAGUAUUAAGGCAUUUAUUUAUCAUUUAUGUCUUUAAUGGCCAAUGUUUGUAUUACAGGUCAUGAAUGGAAAUUAGACUUGUUAACAUGUAUUCCUCGUCAGCCAUAUGCAAUGUUGCAUAUACUGUGGUUUGAUGUAAUACUUAAAAAAUAAUGUUGCUGUGUUUUACUAGUAUGCAAAUCGCAACUGUUUGUAUUAAUAGGAUUUCAGGAUUUGCAAA